AUGCAACUAGUGGGAUCCUCCUCCUCCUCCUGCCAGGAGCAGCCUGGUGCUCCCUUCAUAGCAGAGCCAACAGGGCAGUCCCCAAGAAAGGCUCAGUUCGGAGCAGAGGGGGCGCGGGGGCUUGCAAAGGGGGGGGACCCCUGCUGUGGCUGGCUCCCAACUAUGCAGGCGGCUGCCCAGUGGCAUCGGCGGCUGCAGGCGGGCGGCAGGCAGAGGCAGCCGCCGCGUGCAGUGUGAGCGGAGAGCUCGGCUCCAUUCCCAAGGAUGCUGGGGGGCGAUGCCUGGCGGCAGGGAGGACGAGAUUUGUCAGAAAGCGCUGCAGCUGCUGGCCGAGCUCUGCUCCAGCGGGGCGGUGGAGAACGAGAACUGCCUGGAUUUCAUCUACUACUUGCGGGACAGAGCCCGGCCCCGGCUCACGGACUCAGAUAUCUCAGUAAGCUUGCUGUCCUUAGUUGUCACAGCCUGUGGACUUGCUCUCUUUGGUGUGUCUCUGUUUGUGUCCUGGAAGCUUUGCUGGAUCCCUUGGCGAGAACGUGGCCUGCCCUCUGGGAGCAAAGACAACAAGCAGGAAUCGCUGAACUAUACAGACACAGAGACCAAUGACCAUGAAUACAGUGAGGAUUACCUGGGGCAGCCCACUUCCUACCCGGAGUCCUCCCUAAAGAUUAGCCACACCUCCCCUGAUAUUCCAUUAGAUGCUCAGGCAGGGACCAAGGAGAAUUGUGUGCACAAUGUCCGAAUGCAUCGCCAAAUCACAGAACCAACCUCUUCUGCUCGGCACAAUUCAAUCCGAAGACAGCUCAAUCUCUCGAACCCUGACUUCAACAUCCAGCAGCUUCAAAAACAGGAGCAGCUGACGGGGAUUGGACGCAUUAAGCCAGAGUUGUAUAAGCAAAGAUCAGUGGAUACCGAUGAUGGCCGGAGGAAUAACAGCAAGGCCUGUGGGAAACUCAACUUCAUUCUGAAAUAUGAUUGUGAUUUAGAGCAGUUGAUAGUGAAGAUUCACAAAGCUGUCAACCUGCCAGCAAAGGACUUUUCUGGAACUUCAGACCCUUAUGUGAAGAUCUAUUUGCUUCCGGAUAGAAAAACAAAACAACAGACUAAAGUGCAUAGAAAGACCCUAAACCCAGUGUUUGAUGAAGUUUUUUUAUUUCCCGUUCCGUACAAUGAUCUGACCACAAGGAAACUCCACUUCUCUGUGUAUGACUUUGACAGAUUCUCCAGGCAUGACUUGAUUGGCCAAGUGAUAGUGGAUAAUUUUUUAGAUUUGGCAGACUUUCCCAGGGAAAGUAAUAUUUGGAGGGAUAUUGAGUAUGUCACCAAUGACAAUGUGGAUCUUGGUGACUUGAUGUUCUCACUCUGCUACCUUCCAACAGCUGGCAGAUUAACUAUUACCAUAAUAAAGGCUAGGAAUUUAAAGGCAAUGGACAUAACAGGAGCAUCAGAUCCCUACGUGAAGGUUUCUUUAAUGUGCGAAGGAAGGCGGCUAAAGAAAAGGAAAACUUCCACCAAGAGGAAUACCCUCAAUCCUGUUUACAAUGAAGCCAUAGUCUUUGAUGUCCCUCCGGAAAACAUUGACCAAAUUAACUUGUCAAUAGCAGUUAUGGAUUAUGACCGUGUAGGUCACAAUGAGGUCAUUGGAGUGUGUCAAAUAGGCAACGAUGCAGAGAGCCUAGGCCGGGACCACUGGAAUGAAAUGCUCUCGUAUCCUCGGAAACCGAUUGCUCAUUGGCAUCCGCUUGCAGAGGGCCCUAUUCAGCAGAAAUGUUAUGCAGGCCUUCUGCGCAUGGAUGGCUGCCGAAGAGGCUUCCUCACCCUUUUAACCUAUUCAGCAGAAAUUUGGCAUUCCUGUUGA